AUGCCGCCAAAGAAAGGAGGUGGCGGUGGAGCACCUGCAAAAGUAAAAGAUGAUAAAACGUUUGGAAUGAAGAAUAAAAAAGGUGGAAAAGCACAACAACAAAUCAAAAUCAUUCAAGCACAAGAAAAGACUGCAGGAAAAAAUAAAGAACAACUUGCAAAAGAGAAAAAGAGAGAAGAUGAAAAGAGACUAAAAGCAGAAGCUGAAAAGCAAAGACUAAAUGAUCCUUCGUUUAGUAUCGUUCAACCUAGAGUACCUUUUGGUGUUGAUCCAAAAACGAUCACUUGUGCUUUCUGGGCUGCGGGAAAAUGUGAUAAAGGAAGCAAGUGUAAAUUCGCACAUGCCAAAGAUGCAGGACGGAAAGUUGAAAAGAAGGAUCUAUACACCGACAUGCGAGAUGGAACAGGAGAAGGAGAAGGGGAAGAUGAUAAAAAGAAUGACACAAUGGACAAAUGGGAUCGAGCAAAACUAGAUUCAGUCAUUCUAUCGAAACACGGAAACCCAAAGAGUACAACAGACAAGGUAUGCAAAUUCUUCUUAGCAGCGGUCGAAGAUGGAAAGUAUGGUUGGUUCUGGAUCUGUCCAUCAGGGGAUAAGUGCAUGUACAGACACGCACUACCGCCAGGAUUCGUAUUGAAAUCACAAAAGAAGGAAAUGGAAGCAGCCGAAAAGGCAAACGAGAUCUCUUUGGAAGAAUUCUUGGAAACGGCCAGACAUCAACUUGGAUCGAAUCUAACGCCGGUCACGAAAGAAUCCUUUGCUAAAUGGAAGAAGGAUAGAAUGGACAAGAAACAAGCUGAAGCAGAUUUGAUCGAAAAUAAGAAGAAACAACAAGCACAAGCCAACAAGAUGAUCGGUUUGAGCGGUCGUGAAGUAUUCACACUAAAUCCCGAAUUCUUUGAAGGAGAUGAAGAAGCUGCUGCAGGUGAUGAAUUUGAUAUGGCAACUUAUUUCAAGAAUUGGGAACAAGCCAGAGAUGAAGAAAAUCAAACAAACGGUCAUGCACACGAUGACGAAGAAAAUGGCGAAGGA